AUGAGUCCCAGCCCAACCACAGCACUAUGCGCCGGCAAGACAAUCGUUAUUACGGGCGCGGCUCAAGGCCUUGGCCAGGCCGCCGCCGUCGCCUUUGCUGCAGCGGGAGCUAAGCGCAUUGCCAUAGUGGACAGCUCAUGCACUUCAGAUACUAUCGAAAGAGCUUCCCAGGCUGCUGCAGAAGCUGGAAGAACAGAACUGGAGCUGUUUCCCUUCCAUCUUAACCUUGGUGAGGCUGCUAGUAUCGACACUGAGUUUACCAAAAUCCACUCGAGACUGGGAUAUGUUGACAUUCUCAUCAACACGACAGAACACAUCUCUCUAUUUAAUCUGCAGAGAGGAACUAUGGAAGCAAGUAACGUCGACGUGUGGUGGAAAAAUUGUGAGGCUAGUGUCAAAGAUGCAUUCGUUGUCGCUCGCGCUCUGCUGCCGCUCCUGCUGAAGGGAACCGAAAAGACGAUUGUCAAUGUCAUUUCAGCCAGAUCGCCCUUGCUCCAAUUUACGUCCGGAACGCAUGAUCUGUCUGAGUUAGCUAUGAUGCGUCUCUCUGAAGACUUGAUGCUCGAUUACAGGAAUGAGGGACUGCUGGUAUAUUCGCUGCAGCCAGGUCACGAGGGGGCAAAAGACAUGCAGCAAUCGGUGAAUCUGAAACUGGCAAGCGAAGGCCUCGUCUACCUGACCAGCGAACGGCGCGAACAGCUGGGUGGCAGACACUUAAAAUGCGGGGAGGAUAUGUGCGACGUUAUUUCUCGCGAUAAAUGGGAUACGCAGAAUGACUUGCUGGAGAUAGGCACAUCUGUCAAGGGAAUCCCACCGAUACCGGAGAAGAGGAGGGGGCGCGUGCCUAGAAGUAACUACUGA